AUGACCGACCUCCAAAAGACUCCCUUUGUACGGGAGCUCGCCUCAAGCGACAAAAAGCUCCGCGACAAAGCCACCGACUCCCUCAUCCAGUUCCUCCGCUCCCGAACAGACCUCUCCCUCAUCGAACUCCUCAAGCUCUGGAAGGGCCUCUUCUUCUGCUUCUACCACUCCGACCGCCCCCUCACGCAACAAGCCCUCGCCCGCAACCUCUCCUACGCCCUCGUGCCCACCCUCCCGCGCGCCAGCCUGCACCGCUUCCUGCGCGCCUUCUGGAUCACCAUCAGCCGCGACUUCCACUCGCUCGACCGCCUGCGUCUGGACAAGUACCUGUUCCUGAUCCGAUGCUACGUCGGCGUCGCCUUUGAAGUCUUCCUGAAGGCUCCUGCGGAGCCCUCCACCGGCGGCGCAAACAAGAAGCGCAAGCGCGAGGCCGCCGCGGCGAAGAAGAAGGCGAAGCGCUCCAAGCGGGGUGCUGAUGCCCCCGCCGCGGAGGCCGAUGAUGGCGCCGACGAGGGCGAAGACCAGGCUGACGGCGACGGCGCCGGCAAAUGGGCCGCGCUCGAGUCGUACAUCGCGCUGAUCGAGGAGGGCCCCCUCUGCCCGCUCAAUUUUGACCCCGACCAGCCGCCCGCCGACGAGAAGAGGGAUUACGUGCCUAUGCCGCAUGGUCCGGACGGACUGCGGUACCAUCUGAUGGAUAUUUGGGUCGAUGAGCUGGAGAAGGUGCUGGAGUUUGAGGAGAAAGAGGGCGAGGGCGAGGGACAGAAGCGGAAACCCAAGGGCGAGGUGCCGAUUGAGCUGAUCUUGCGUCCGCUGGAGAAACUGCGCGCGGAGAGUCCGUACAAGCCUGUGCGGGUGCGGGCGGGCGAGGCGCUUGAGGACGAGCGGUUGAUUGAGUGGGGGUUUAGGACGCGGAAGGUGGAGGAGGAGGAGGAUGAAGACGAGGAGUGGGGUGGGUUUGAUUAG